UUAGAAAACCCGCCCGGUUCGAGCCUGACCAAACCUGCCCUAGUUUUCGAUCCCAAUUUUCCCCAAUCCUCGCUGCCCUAGUUUUCGUCCCAAAUUUCCCCGAUCUUCGCCGCCCUAGUUCUCGAUCGCAGCUUUCCCCGAUCUCAACUCCCGAUCUCGAGUUUGCGCGCAGUCCGGCGAACAUGGCAGCGAUCAUGGCGGCGCGCGGGCAGGAGCUGGAGCAAGAUUUUGAUUUCUUCGUGGUGGUCGACUUCGAGGCGACGUGCCUCAAAGACGCGCGGAUCUUCCCGCAGGAAAUCAUUGAGUUCCCCGCCGUGCUCGUCGACGGCGCCACCGGUCGCAUCGAGUCAGCGUUUCGCAGGUACGUUCGUCCUAAACAUCACCCUGUGCUGACCCAGUUUUGCAGGGAACUCACCGGCAUCCGGCAGGAGGACGUCGACGGCGGCGUGGAUCUCGGCGAGGCGCUCUGGCUGCACGACGCGUGGCUGAAGGCGGCGACGGCGGGGGCAGGGAACAGGAGGAGCGGUCGCUUGGCCGUCGUGACCUGGGGAGACUGGGACUGCCGGACCAUGCUAGAGUUCGAGUGCCGCUUCAAGGGCAUCGAGAAGCCCUCCUACUUUGAUCAGUGGAUCAACCUGAGGGUCCCCUUCCAGGUGGCGCUCGGCGGUGGAGGGCGGGUGAACCUGCAGGAGGCGGUUCGGGCGGCGGGGCUGGACUGGGAGGGCCGCCUGCAUUGCGGGUUGGACGAUGCCCUCAACACGGCACGACUGCUUGCUGAGGUCAUGCGGCGCGGGGUCAAGAUGACCAUCACUGGCUCGCUGGCGCCGCUGCUGCCGUUCGAGCAGGAGCAGCAGCCUCGCACAAGCACCUGCGGUGGCUCACCUGCGCUGGCGCCGCCGCCGCUGCCGUUCGAGCAGAAGCAGCAGCCUCGCACAAGCACCUGCGGUGGCUCACUUGCGCUGGCGCCGCCGAUCCAGCAGCAGCCGCCUCGCACAGGCCCUUGUGAUGGCUCGUUUCCGCUGGUGCCGGCGCCUAUCCAGCAGAAGCAGCAGCAGCGGCCGCAGCCUCACAUAAUCAGCCCCUGUGGUGGCUCCUCUGCGACGUGGUACUGCGGGGUGACGACAAAAGGAGGCAUGGAGCCAGGGGCGAUGCAGUCUGGAUGUACCAACUGGACGCCGGCCAUGGGAGCCGUGUCCCCCUACUACAUGUGGAGCAACUGAACCAUGAGACUGAGAUUUAGAAUUCAGUGUCGCUCGGCUGCUAGUGUUAAUCGUCCUAACCAUCAGAAUCAGAGUGUAGAUCAGCUGAUUCUUGCCUAGUCUAGGUGUGAAUUUGGUCUUUGAAAUCCAACUUGACCAAUGGGGCUAUUCUCGAUGUAUUCAGUGUCUGAAUUAGUAUUACAGUUCUACUAUUUUUCAGCAGUCUGGAAAUGAAUUCGUUUCAGGCCAUUUUUUA